CUAGGCAUGCAGACUGCUUUUAUAAACAUUUGUGAAAGAAUGGGUCGCUCUCAAGAGCUUAGUGAAUUCAAGCGUGGUACCAUGAUAGGUUGCCAUCUGUGCAAUAAGUCCAUCCGUGAAAUUUCCUUGCUACUAAAUAUUCCCUAGUCAAAUGUUAGUGGUAUUAUAACAAGCAAAAGUGGAAGCAACUGGGAACAGCAGCAGCUCAGCCACAAAUGGAGACAUGAGCAGUGGAGACGUAUUCUCUGGAAUAAUAAAUCAUGCUUCUCUGUUUGGCAAUCCAAUGGAUGUGUCUGGGUUUGGCAAUUGCUAGGAGAAUGGUACUUGCCUGACUGCAUUGUACCAAGUGUAA